ACACAUUACUCAGUCCUCUUUAGUUUCUUCCGUUUUUGGGUAUUGGAAUUGGGACGAUAUCAAUUAUAUUUCUCAGCUGCUUUGUUCAUGUGAAAAAAGGAAAAAGGAGAGAUGGAGUUUAUAAACUCGUUUUUGAAUUUGGUGGUGCCACCGGCGAGUUUGGUCAUGCUGGCUUUCUCGUGGCCGGCAUUGUCAUUCAUCAGUGCUUGUGAAUGGAUUUAUAAUUCCUUCAAUACUGAAGAUAUGGAAGAUAAAGUCGUCAUUAUCACUGGAGCUUCCUCUGGGAUUGGAGAGCAAAUUGCUUAUGAAUAUGCAAAGAGGAAGGCGAAUCUGAUGCUGGUCGCGAGGAGGGAGAAUAGACUACGAAUGAUAAGUGAGAAUGCUAGGUUUAUGGGAGCUAAGCGAGUUAUGAUUAUGGCCGCUGAUGUUGUUAAAGAAGAUGACUGUCGACGAUUUGUUUCCGAAACUGUUCAGUUCUUUGGUCGAGUGGAUCAUCUUGUAAAUACUGCAAGUUUGGGGCAUACAUUCUACUUUGAGGAAGUUACCGAUACAUCGAUAUUUCCUCAUUUGAUGGAUAUAAACUUUUGGGGAAAUGUUUAUCCAACUCUAGUGGCUCUUCCGUACCUUCGUCAAAGUAAUGGUCGAGUCAUUGUUAACGCAUCGGUCGAGACCUGGUUGCCUCUGCCACGAAUGAGUCUGUACUCUGCUGCAAAGGCAGCAUUGGUGAACUUCUAUGAGACAUUGAGGUUUGAAGUGAAAGAUGAUGUUGGGAUAACAAUUGCCACACAUGGUUGGAUUGGAAGUGAAAUGACCCGAGGCAAGUUCAUGGUAGAAGAAGGUGCAGAAAUGCAACGAAAGGAAGAAAGAGAGGUGCAUGUGACUGGGGGCCCGGUCGAGGAGUUUGCAAAGUUGAUUGUGUCAGGGGCAUGUCGGGGAAAUAUAUACGUGAAGUAUCCAAGCUGGUAUGACGUCUUCCUGCUAUACAGGAUGUUCGCACCUAAUGUCCUGAACUGGACAUUCAGGUUACUACUUUCUGCAAACGGUUCGAGGAGGACGUCCCUUGUUGGAACAGGAAUGCCAGUAUAUGAAGGCAGUGUGAGCGGGAAGCCUCUUUUGGAGGGAGCAUCGCCUAGACGACUACUUCUUCCUGCUAAUUCGCCACAAAGCAGCCCACAGGCCCAGAAGCUAGAAUGAAAACCUUUCUUGCAUAGAGGUUACCACUGAUUUUGCUAUAAAAUCUUGUAUAUGAAUGUUUUGCUCUUCUGAUUUUAUAUGAUUAUCAGUUCAAUAAACAGUAUGCUUUUGAGGUCAUAUGUAAACUUCAAUAAAAGAAUCGAACAUUUUUUUUC